CUGGGCCGCGUCCGCGGCGACGGCGCUCCGGAGAGGGUGACGGACGGCUAGGACCCUCCCCGCGCCCGACCGCGCCCGGGUCCCCGCCCCGGGGGCGGGCCUGCCGCCUGGAAAGGGAUGCGAUAAGGCGCGACCCUGUCGGCUGCUUGACUCCGAGCGCUGGAGAGCGGGGCCUAGGACGCACGUCUGCCGGGCCGCGUCCAGAAGAAGCUAAAUGACCGGUAUUGGUUGCUAACUUUAUUCCUGCAUGCCCACACUGCUUGCCCUGGGAUCUCCUGCACACGGCACCAGGCACCGCAUUUGGUACCAGCUGAAAAUGUGUAUCUAAAAUGCAAGCUCACCUUAGCAGAAGCCUUUGGACAGCGUUGCCCUGUCCUCUAAAAUUGGAUCAUGAAGGUAUUGGAAAAAAAUUACUUCUGGAUGUUGCUUCCACUGCUUCGUUUGAUAGCCGAUGCUGCGGAACAUGAAGAGGUAGCAAAACAUGCCAUAAAGUUACACCGAGGCAGAGGGGCAGCCAUCACUCAGAGGAAGCAGUGGGUCCUCGAUAGUUGCAGAAAGCUCUCUGGGCUGCUUCGCCAAAAGACUGUGGUUCUUAACAAACUGAAAAGUGCAAUCAGAGCAGUAGAAAAAGACGUUAGCCUGUCAGAUGAAGAGAAACUAUUUCAGGUGCACACAUUUGAAAUUUUCCAAAAAGAGCUGAAUGAAAGUGAAAACUCAGUGUUCCAGGCGAUCUAUGGCCUCCAGAGAGCCCUGCAGGGAGACUACAGAGAUGUUGUGAACAUGAAGGAAAGCAGUAGGCAGCGUCUGGAGGCCCUGAGAGAGGCUGCGAUAAAGGAAGAGACAGAAUAUGUGGAACUUCUGGCAGCAGAAAAACAUCAAGUUGAAGCUCUCAAAAAUAUGCAGCAUCAAAACAAAAGUUUAUCCAUACUUGAUGAAAUUCUUGAAGAUGUGAGAAAGGCAGCCGAUCGUCUAGAGGAAGAAAUAGAAGAACAUGCUUUUGAUGACAAUAAAUCAGUGAAAGGGGUCAAUUUUGAGGCAGUUCUCAGAGUAGAAGAAGAAGAGGCCAAUUCCAAGCAAAACCUUACGAAGCGGGAAGUGGAAGAUGAUUUGGGUCUUAGCAUGCUCAUCGAUUCCCAGAACAACCGAUACAUCUUGACCAAGCCUCGAGAUGCCACGAUUCCACGCGCAGAUCACCACUUCCUAAAGGACAUUGUUACCAUAGGAAUGCUGUCUUUACCUUGUGGCUGGCUGUGCACAACAAUAGGGUUGCCUACGAUGUUUGGUUAUAUCAUCUGUGGAGUACUUCUGGGGCCUUCAGGACUAAACAGUAUUAAGUCUGUUGUGCAGGUGGAGACCUUGGGAGAGGUCGGUGUGUUCUUUACUCUGUUCCUCGUUGGCCUGGAGUUCUCCCCAGAAAGGCUGAGAAAGGUGUGGAAGAUAGCCUUACAAGGACCAUGUUAUAUGACGCUGUUAAUGAUCGCAUUUGGCUUGUUAUGGGGACACCUUUUACAGAUCAGACCCACUCAGAGCGUCUUUAUUUCUACCUGCUUGUCCUUAUCGAGCACACCCUUGGUGUCCAGAUUCCUCGUGGGCAGUGCCCGGGGUGAAAAAGAAGGUAGGUGGUGAUGUGCUGUAUGUAUGUGUUGAAGUAUUAGGUGUGUCAUUGACUUGAAUUCACUCCGAAGGCCUUCUGGAAAAAUUACAACUCUGCCUCCGUCCUUGGAGCCCUCUUAGCAGUCAUAGUGUUCAGCUUUUCCAAAUCUCCACUGGACUAAGAAAGUGGUAUUUACAUGUUUAUUAAUUUAGGAUAGUUUGAGGACCACGUUCAAAAGAAAUGAAUCCAUGUUGGAAAAUGGAAAUUGGUGGUUUAGGAGGUGAGCGUGCCGCACCCGAGUCAGCGCUGCGCUCAUGUGAGGUCGCCGAGUGCGUCCGACCUGCGGCCUGAAACAGAACGGCACCAACUCUGGCCGGGGCUGGAGACUCACAUACUCCUGUAACGUACGGUAAUCGAAGGCAUCUUCAGCCCUUGGGUACCGCCAGCUUCAGCUCUGUGCGUGAGACUCUGGCCUCUGAUCGUUACUGGACGUGUUGAAGCCCGACUGCGUCAGAAGCUUAGGGGAGAACAUUCCAGGCUGCCUCACGGGGCACAGCUGCGCUUCGACCACCUGCCAUUUUUUACAUCAUGUGAACUCAUUAUGGUGAUGUUCACUGCUUUGUUUUUAUUUUGUAAAGGGAAAAAACAGGGUUGAAAUGUUGUAGUAACCUCACACUGAUAUUUGCCUGCACCAAUACAGCAAUGAGAGGGAAACAUGAAAAGGGAAAACCAGAGCCCUGGGGCAGGCUUCUCUGAUAAGGCUUCUCUGUUACAGCCUGUGUAACAGCAUGUUCAUGAUGAAAAGACUCAAUACAUAAAGACAUUGUUUCUCCCAAAUUUAUAAAUUCCCAGCUAUCCCAGUAAAGAAAUCUCGCAGGGUUUUUCAUGAAACUUGGCAAACUGAGCCUACAGUUUAUUGAAGAGCAAAGGCCAAGAAUAGCCAAGAAUAACUAGAAGUGAGGGACUUGUGCAGCAGAUGGCAAAGCCCUGAGUUCCUAUCCCUGUGCUCGGCAGCUCGGCGUGUCCAG